AUGAAGCAAGAUGGCUACACCGCCGAAGCAGAUGGCUACACUGUGGGCAAGUUGAAGUCAAGGACGGCGGAGCUGCCCCGAGGGGAGUUCGUGGCUGUAUGGCUGUUGCUGAUGACGCUGCACGCCCUGUGUGCGGCCUACUUGCUGGCGAUGGCGGGGCUGUACUUCUUCAUGGAGCAGCCGCUGAUGAUCUACUUCUCGGACCUGCUGGCGCGCCCGGAGCAACGCCGUUUUCGCUCCUUCGGGGUGGUUGUGGGGGCGCUCGGAGCGUUCCACGCCCUUCAUCUCUUUGACUCCGAGCUGUUGACGUUUCCGAUGGAAGUGCUUUAUGGCGAUACGGCGUUCACAAGACUGGUGUACGAGAACCAAGCCAUCUUUGCCCUCUCAGUUUCUGACAGCAUUGCGAAGCUCGUCUCCAACUUCUACUUCCGGCCGUGCCGCGAUCAAUACGACGAGGUCAUUCUCGAGUACUUCCGUUGCCGGUGCGGCGCGGUCCGGAAGCGAGUCACCGGGACGGGGUACUCGAACCUGAUGCAGCAUAUCAGGCGCGAGCAACCCUCGUACUCGGAGGAGAUGCUGGCCGCAACACCCGGUCAGACGGGCUCUCUUGCUCACUACGUCCGCCACUCUGCUCAGAACUUGUUCGGUUGGCUGGAGUGGCUGGUGAAGUGCAACCUACCGCUAUCAUUUUGCGAGACCAAGUUCGCAAGACGUUACACGCGCCUCCAGCCUAUCUCUGUCGAAACGCUUCGGCGCGUCAUGGACGCGGUGACGCGCUGCGAGUUUGGUCUCAUCUUUGACGGGUGGAGCCACGACUCGGAGCACUACAUCGCGGUCUUCGCGUGCUACGAGGUUGAUGGGGUUCUGAGGUGCCCCUUGCUCUGCAUGGCACCACUCGUCAACGAUGAGACCGACGACUUCUCCGCGGCUAGUCAUCAAGCCUUCUUGGCUACGAUGCUAGCGCGCGACUAUCAGAAGCGCCUGGACCAGGUUCUCUUCCUGGUGGGAGAUAAUUGCGGCGUCAACCGCCGCCUCGCUACGCUGAUGGGCGUCCCGCUAGUCGGGUGUGCAAGCCACCGACUCAACCGAGCCGUCGCCGCCCGGCUGAGCGAAUGCGCUGAAGAUGUCGACAUGGUACAGGCGCUGAUGGUAAAGCUGCGGACCCUCCACCAGUCUGCAAAACCGCGGUUCAAGACCGACCUUCGACCAAUCAUCCGCCAGCAAACCCGCUGGGGUUCGACCUUUGCGAUGAUUAACCGCUACUUCGAGCUUCUACCAUUCAUCGACGCGGAGGAGGACGAGUUGGCCGAGCUCCUUCCCCCGGCGGCGUCCAAGCGGUGGCUUCGGGACUUGCUCGGCGAGCUGAAGGACGUGGAGUCCGUGUCGAAGGCUCUCCAAGGUGCUGACGCAAACCAUCUCGACGUUCGCGUCUGGUUCGAUGGGCUCAUUGCCGCGAAGCCCUCGUACGCCCGUUAUCUCGCACCGCGGGCUGACAUCGUCGACUUCGAGGCGGGCUGCGUCAAGGUGCUCAAGGGGCAAGCCAAGCGGCUGACCCGGAUGGAGAAGGCGGCACUGGAGCGCUUCUUGGCGGCUCCACCAGCGGGCGAGGGCGAGCAAGAAGAGAAGGAUGAGGAGGCCAGCAUCUCCUUCGUGGAGCGGCUGCAAAAGCGUCGGCGCCUGGAAGAGCAUCAACCAUGCUACGAACUGCUGGCGUCCAUUCCGCCCACGUCCAACGUGCGCCACGCACUGCAGCCGUACACGCUGGAGAUGCUGCUGUUCCUGCGGCAGAAUGCUGAUUAUUGGGACGCGCGCACUGUUGAGAGCGCGGAGUAA